AGGAAGAUGGCGAAUGAUAAUGCUGCGGGUCCUGUAUUCUUUGAGCUGAACAAUGGUCUGAGGAUUCCUUCCGUUGGUUUGGGUACAUGGCAAGCGGAUCCGGGCGUUGUCGGAGACAUCAUCGUAGCUGCUGUGAAGGUGAAGAGCUUUUUAUGUUUAUAUUGAGAUGGCUGAGAAUGCAUCAUUUUAGGGAUCGCUUCCUUCUUGAUCGCAAGAAUCUCUGCGUCUUCAGCUGUCCUCUCAUCUUUGGGAUCACCUUUUGGAGGGCAAUAUAAUUUCAUCUCUAGCAUUCGCUCCUCAUCCUUCCCCCCACCACCCCGCCCGCCCGCUGCCCCCACCACCGCCCCACCACCCUGAGUUUGAAACGAAGGCGGUGAAAUUGUUGAGUGGAGAGAGGCUUGGUAAAGGUGUUCACAAAUUAGUCUUAGGGUGAAAAAUAGGAGGAGAACAGGUGGCUCCCAUGUUGUCACAGUAAAUAAGUGGAGGCGGUACAAGAAAUUCAAGUUCCUUGAGAAGAGUGGCAACCCAAGUCCUUUAGAAGUGGAAUUAGAUAGAGUUCGCUACUCAGCCUUGGUACUGGACAAGCUGCAAUAUGCUGGCUUUCAGAACCCGCGACGAAAUAACAAUCUGCAAAAGAGUUGUUAAAAAAGCUAAAACGGUCGAAAUUGGCAUUGCAUUGAUGUCUAAAUAGAUUCAGCAGAAUCAGCACCAAGCAUUAUAGCAUGGCAGAUAAGCUCUAAACAUAUUUUCACUGGCAUAAGGGAACACCACCAAUGGAAAAAAAAUCAUCUCAAUGCCCAAAAGAAAAAUGUAGUGGCCCAAGUUCCUUGAGCAAAUUGACCAUUCAUAUGGAAAAUAAGUUCUUGAUUAGCUUUUGGAAUUGCCUCUGACUAUAAUGUCAUCCACAUAGAUCAAUACAUAUAGUUGAUUGUCUUGCUUCCAAUAAAUGAACAAAGAAGUAUCCGUUGUCUGGCUGUGGGAUCAUAAACUAACACAUGUAGUGGGGAAAAGUCGCAUCCUAAAGCGCAGGUAACUGUUGCAAACUUGCAUAUAGACAACCUUAUCUAGAUUACUAUUAGAGAAGGCGACAUUAAGCUGAUGGAUAGAAUAGAAUGACUAGCGUAAGAACUAGACAUGUUGUAGUGAACUUGACAAAAGGACUGAAAGACGCAAAACCAUUAGUGGCUGCCUCUUGAUGUAGCCUUUGGCCAUAAGCAAGCUUUGUCGCACUCAAGACUUCUAUUGGCACAACUCAUCAUUGAGGUAUGAAAUAUGAAUGGAGUCAUAUUUAGAGGGCAUACCAUGCUACAUGAUUGCAUCAUCAUCAGCUGUAGGCGUAUCUGCAAUGGCAAGCUGAAGAGCUAUACUCUUAGCAUGCUUAAUGUAAUCUUCUAUGAUUCUUGACCCAUUUUAGGAUCUCGCAAUUGAUUUUUCAAUUGCUUUACUUGUGACGUUGAAAGUGCUGCAUAUGUCUAUUUCAAGACAUUCCAUACUUCAUAUGAUGAAGCUAAGCCCACUAUGUGUUUGCAUCUAACUCAAUACAAUUGGUCUUGUCUUUUGCUAUAAAAUAUAAUAUGGAUUAAUUUCAUUGAGUCCUGUUUUAAACUUCUCAGGACAUUGUUUAGAAUCUUUAGAUCCAUGAGCAAAGCCUGUUAAAUCAUAAGACUUAAAUAUGGGAAGAAGCUGGGAUUCUGAUAACACAAAGUUAAUCCUUGUCAGCUUGAUUGAUGAAAAAUGAUGUAGGUUCAGUUCAGAUGAAGGGGCUGAGAUAGUAAGGUUGCAGCGUACCUGAAUUCCCAAAAUGCUGGCUCAAAGCAAGUUUGAUGAGAAAGAGUUUGAAUUAUCCAUUCACUAAAUGGGCAGCACGGAUACCUUAUUAAAUGACCUGCUUCUCGUAGGAGAAGAGCAGCAUACACUGAAAACAAACACAAAAAACAAGAGCUUUCACGGUUCACUCUUCAGACCCACAUUCGCAAUACCUCUCAUUUAUCCUCUUCAAGGGUUGAUCCUCAUUUUGAGGAUAUUGUGCCAUUGGCUAUUUGUUGAGGAGGUUUCCACAUUUAUCUUCUGUUGGAAAAGCAUUAGUUAUUGAUUGUUAGCAGUCGGUGCAUUGAGCUGCCCUCUCAUCCUUAUGGUCACCCUUGGCAGGCAGGAUACAGGCAUAUUGAUUGUGCUCGGCUGUAUGAGAAUGAAAAAGAGAUUGGAAUGGCUUUGAAGAAGCUUUUUACAGAAGGUGUGGUCAAACGUGAGGACAUGUGGAUUACUUCAAAACUUUGGUGUACUGAUCAUGCUUCAGAGGAUGUACCGGAAGCAAUGGACAGAACAUUGCAAGAUUUACAACUAGAUUAUGUCGACCUGUAUCUUGUCCAUUGGCCCUUCCGCAUGGAAAAAGGCACUAUUGCUGCUUCUGAAUUUCAGAAGUUUUGCCCAGUGGACAUUUGCAGUACCUGGAGAGCUAUGGAGAAGUUAUAUGAUUCAGGGAAAGCUCAUGCAAUCGGUGUCAGCAAUUUUUCUACAAAGAAGUUGGGAGACUUGCUAACAUAUGCACACAUUACACCAGCUGUUAAUCAAGUAGAAUGUCAUCCUGUCUGGCAACAAAUGCAUCUUCGAGCAUUUUGUCAAUCCAAAGGCAUUCACCUAUCUGCACAUACUCCUUUAGGUUCUCGAGGAACAUCGUGGGUCAAGACUGAUAUUCUUAAGAACCCAAUUAUCAACAUGGUGGCUGAGAAACUUUGUAAAACACCUGCACAAGUGUCUUUGCGCUGGGGCCUUCAGAAUGGCAUGAGUGUGCUGCCUAAAAGUGUUAAUGAGUCAAGGAUCAAGGAGAACAUUGAUCUUUUUGGUUGGUCCAUUCCACAUGACUUGUUCCUCAAAUUCAGUGAAAUUGAACAGAGGAGGCUGAUUCCUGGUCAUUUUGCUGUGCAUGAAACACUGAGCCCCUACAAAAGCCUAGAGGAACUAUGGGAUGGCGAGUGAUGAGCACUUGGUUCUGUAAUUUCAUUGUCCACUAAGGACUUCUUUGCAGGAGGAAGAUAGAGAGAGAGAAAGAGGGAGAGAGACCACGAAUUGCUAUUUUUUUUAUGCUCUUUCUAGCCUCGCUGGAGUGACAGACAGUACUGUUUACCUUUGUGGAGGCUCUUUCUAGCCUUGCUGGAGGGACAUGCACUAUUAGCUAAUUUCCUCUGAUGCAUGCAAGACUAGGUUGUCAUCAUUGCUGGCCAAACUACUAGUAGCUAAUAUUAUUUUUAGUGAAAUUUUAAGA